CAUUCCUCAACGACGAUUCUAUUCCUACCACGUUCGAGCGAAAAUUCAAAGCUUAAUACUAGUACAUGAUGAUUGGAGCGAGGGAUAGAUCUCGCAUUUAAUAAACAAACAAACUCAGAUCUCAUACAAAGCUAGAAUGUUGUUAAUCAUCAACACACGAGUUUUGGACGGAAGCGUCAACUCCGUUAUCUAUUCUGUCACAGUCACACAAUGACGCCCGCUCUCCCUCGCGCUUCCUUUCUCGUCGCAACUUCCAGUAACGAAAUUUAAAAUAAAAAUUCAGUUGCACCCUCCGUCUUCAUCUUCCACGCUUUGCUUUUCCUUAUACGAUCUCCUUUAUUAGUUCUGGAAAUUUGAUCUGUUUUAGCAACUGAAGCCGUUCGAUUGAUCGAUGCUUAUGUGAAUCUUCGGCUGGAACUGAAGUUCGAUCGAACGCGAUCUGGUUCCGGCGUGGAAGAGUUUUUGUUUUGUUAGGUGUGUGGUGUUUAGUUUGAGUGUUUAACUACGGCGCUUCGGUGUUCGUGUAGUUUGAAGCUGUGUUUCAACCAGCUGCACUUGUUUUUGUUUUUGGUAUUGAGCGUUGGUUGAGGUGAAAUUCUUGGUGCGCGCUGUUUGAAGUUAUUUGAAGACUUGGAAGUAGAAAGUUUGGUUGAGAAUGCCGGGUUUUAAGGCGAAAAUUAGGAUUGCAAUUUUGAUUAUUGUGGUUGUAGGGAUAUGUCUUGCUGCUUUGUAUGGUUUGUUGAAGCCUAUUUCGAAUGGGUGUAUUAUGACCUACAUGUAUCCCACGUAUAUUCCUAUUUCCUCAUCGGAGAGCAUUUCGCCUGUCAAGUAUGGUUUGUACUUGUACCACGAGGGGUGGAAAAAGAUAGAUUUUAAGGAGCAUCUUAAGAAGCUUAGUGGUGUGCCUGUGCUUUUCAUCCCGGGCAAUGGUGGCAGCUUCAAACAGGUGCGGUCAUUGGCAGCAGAAUCUGAUAGAGCAUAUCAGAAUGGCCCACUUGAGCGUACAUUUUACCAAGAAGCUUCCCUAAGACCUGAAGAAGGAGGUGCAGAUAUAAAUUUAUCUGGUUUCCAAUUACCCAACCAGUAUACCAGCAGGCUGGACUGGUUUGCUGUCGAUCUUGAAGGUGAACAUUCAGCCAUGGAUGGUGCAAUUCUUGAAGAGCACACUGAAUAUGUUGUAUAUGCUAUACACAAGAUUUUGGACCAAUAUAAAGUGUCUUAUGAUGCUCGAACAAGAGAAGGUGCUGCAGUUUCUGGGAGUUUGCCAAAAAGUGUGAUAUUGGUUGGUCAUUCAAUGGGAGGUUUUGUUGCUAGAGCUGCUGUUAUCCACCCUCAUCUGAGGAAAUCAGCAGUUGAAACAAUUCUUACUCUUUCAACCCCGCAUCAAUCACCUCCUGUGGCAUUGCAGCCAUCGUUGGGUCAUUACUUUGCACGUGUAAAUUCAGAAUGGAUAGAAGGAUAUAAGGUUCAAACCACUAACACAGGGCGUUACGUGUCUGAUCCAGUGCUCUCUCAUGUCGUAGUUGUAUCUAUUUCUGGGGCAUACAAUGAUUACCAGGUACGGUCAAAAUUAACAUCACUUGAUAAUAUUGUGCCCCCAACACAUGGCUUCAUGAUCAGCAGUACAGCCAUGAAAAAUGUGUGGUUGUCAAUGGAACAUCAGGCUAUUUUAUGGUGUAAUCAAUUGGUUGUCCAAGUGUCACACACACUUCUUAGUUUAAUAGAUUCCAGAACAGGCCAACCAUUUCCAGAUACUCAAAAGAGACUUACAGUAUUUGCAAGAAUGCUGCGUAGUGGAAUAUCGCAUAAUUUCGACUGGAUGAUGCAGUUACCCUCUUAUAAACGGUCUAUAAACAUUCCUGUCCAGAAUACAAAAGAUGUCACUGGAUCUCUCGUGCAUAGGCCAGUUGCUUGUCCUGCCAAUAUUCAUUGGAAUGAUGGGGGCCUUGAUAGAGACCUAUACAUUCAGAUAAAUGAGGUGACUGUAUUAGCAAUGGAUGGUCGAAGACGGUGGUUGGACAUACAAAAAUUGGGGUCCAAUGGAAAAAGUCACUUCGUGCUUGUCACCAAUCUUGAGCCUUGUUCUGGAAUUAGACUUCAUUUGUGGCCUGAAAAGGGGAAAUCUGCUUCAAGUUUACCCCUCAAUGAUAGGGUUGUUGAAGUAACAUCGAAGAUGAUGCGCAUUCCCUCAGGUCCUGCACCACGGCAGCUUGAACCUGGCAGUCAGACUGAGCAAGCUCCUCCAUCAGCCGUAUUUUGGCUGGGUCCUGAAGAUAUGCACGGCUUCAGAUUUCUUACUAUCUCAGUUGCACCUCGUCCGACUAUUUCAGGAAGACCCCCGCCAGCAGCAUCCAUGGCAGUUGGACAGUUCUUUAACCCAGUGGAAGGAAAUCAAGAGUUAUCUCCAUGGUUUAUGCUUCAAUCUACCUAUUCUCAGAAGGAUUUGUUGUUGGAAGAAACUCAUCCCUUAGCUGUCAAAUUAUCAUUUGCCAUCAGUUUGGGUCUCCUACCUGUUACUUUGUCUUUGAAAACUGUUGGCUGUGGAAUUAGAAACUCUGGACUUCCAGAAGAGGAAGCUGGAGACCUUGAAAGUAGUAGGCUCUGCAAAUUGCGCUGUUUCCCACCUGUUGCUCUUGCUUGGGAUAAUACAUCUGGUCUUCAUAUAUAUCCAAAUUUGAACAGUGAGACAAUUGUUGUUGAUUCCUCACCAGCACAUUGGAGUUCAUCUCAGCAAUCUGAAAAAACCAUUGUUCUUUUGCUGGUUGACCCACAUUGUUCUUAUAAGAGUAGCAUUUCAAUUUCUGUCAGUGCUGCUGCAAGUAGGCUUCUUCUAUUGUAUAGUCCAAAGAUAGUUGGUUUCUCUAUUGCUGUUGUUUUCUUUGCUCUAAUGCGGCAAGCAUAUUCAUGGGAUCUUGACCUGCGGAUACCAUCAAUGCUGACUGUCGUGGAAUCCAAUUUGACACUUAUAUCACAUUUUUUUCCCCUAGCAAUUCUACCCAUUUUCUUUUCCUUAUUCCUUUCACUGUUGAUGUCUCAGCCACUUCCUCCAUUUGCUAGCUUCAUCAGCAUCUCUCUAAUUUGUUAUAUCUUUGCAAACGGAUUUGUAGCUAUUCUAAUUUUGAUUUCUCACUUGGUAUUCUUUGUGGCUGCUGUUACACAUAUUUUCAUCAAGACAAGGUGGCAAAUGUGGGAACAGAAUGUUUGCUUUUUCCUUAUUCGUUGGCUUGUUAAUCGUUCGUCUAGCUUCUUUUCUCUAAAGGUGGUAAGGGUUCUAAGAGCAAAUCCAGUACUUGUUAUGGCACUUACUGCAAUGGUCUUGGCAAGCUUAAUUCAUCCAACCUUUGGCCUCCUCAUACUUCUCUUCUCUCACUUUUUCUGUUGUCACAAUGCAUUAUGCAGCAGUUUCCUGACAGCAUCAUGUCGCAGCAAUGGACAAAAUAAUGAAAAUUUUGAAUGCAACGAUGAAGACUACAAAGUUUCUGAACGGAUGAAGUUCAAAUUUGAUGGUAGUUUUAACCGGACUUUCCCUUCAGAAGAAAACUUAUCCAACAGUCCAGACUCAUCAAAAAGUUUUGGUGACACACAAUUAGAUUUAUUUCACCAUCGCCAUGGCUUAUUGAUAUUGCAUCUUGUUGCAACAAUGAUGUUUGCCCCAUCUGUUGUAGCUUGGUUUCAGAGACUGGCGUUGGGUGAGAGCCUUCCAUGGCUUCUGGAUUCAGUGCUUUGCAUUGGCGUCAUACUUCAUGGAAUCUGCAACUCGAAGCCUGAGUUCAAUUCUUUCUUAUUGUCCUAUACUGGGAUCCCCAUCCGCAACGUUAGGCUAUAUUUCAUCUAUCUCAUAGCUGGAUACUGGUCCUAUUUUUCUGCUCUGACUUUGGCUCCGUACAGAGCGUUUUAUGCUAUGGGUGCUGUGGGGGGCAUUUCCUUCGCUUUAAGGAUGUCGCGUAGAUUGAACGGCGAAAAGAAAGAGGUUACUUAUAGCAGCCGGAAGCACUCUCACAGGCACUGAAAACUUAGAACUCCACUUCCUUACAACCACAUAGAAGAAUGCCACGUGUAUGUAUGUGUAAUUGUUUUGACUAAUGUGUCACAUGUGCCAUUGAGAUGGUGCACCUAGGUCGUUGCUGUUAGAUAUUUGAUUUCAUAUAUAGAACGACCAGGGUUUACCCGUUUGAUGAGUUUAUGCCGGUAUCCCUGUGAGAACUGUUGUAACAUUUAGAUAGGGUUUUUGCUGCUGUAUCAUUGUUUUACGAGGAUAUUCCACAAUAUUUUGCAAUUUUGCCUGAAUCUGAGGAAAGUAAAGUUUUUCAUACGGUUUGGAGGAACAA